UCAUUCAUUAGAAACACGGUGAAAUAUGUCCGAAAUGCAGCGAUACUGUAAAGCUACUGUCACUACUUCCCUCUUUCCCUCCCUCUUCUUCUUCCAACACCCAACAUCCUCCGCGGAGGAGCACAGGAGGGGGCGGAGUUACGAGUCGUCGUGCCCACAGAAGAAGAGCCUGGCCCGGGUCCAACUCCUCCAACAGCAGCGGUGUGGAAACUACAGGAGCCAACAGUCCCGUACAGCUGCAGUUUUUCAUUUCCCCUGGGAAGUAAACUCUGGAGCGGUGCAGGAAGGAGAAUCAGUGAGAGUAUUUGGCAGACUUGUCUGCUAUCAGCCUGAAGAGUCCAGGGCCACACUGUCCGCUCAGCAUGCUUCAAAAGAGCACCACGUGGCUGUCCACACCUUGUUUGUGGAGCCUUUUAACCCAAUAAUUGGGGCCCAGUACAUAGUUCUGGGUGAGAUUGAAAAUGCUGAGGGGGUUGGUGCGAUGGUCCGUGCCCGUGUGCUGAACUGCGUCGAUGGUGUAAACGUUGCCCUUCUACAGAAAGCCAUCGAUGAGCAAAGGAGCUUCUUCAGGGAGAGGGAGCACAAACAGGGUGAUGCUGCACGACCUGCAUCCUGAUCAGGGUCUGCGUUCAUCAAGUUUCACAGGGUGCACAUUGAGUACCAUAAAAGGACUACAGCUCUGCCUCUGAAGCUGUUUGGACAGCUGUUGCUCAAGUGAACUUUAAGACCAUUUGGUUAAAAGAGAGUUUAUGUGACUAUGUUGUCUACCUCUGACCAUAACCGUUUAUGAUUAAUGUUUAAUCCUGGGGUUUAUUAUUUGACAAUUAAAGCCCCAAACGACUGGGUUGACAUCCA